AUGGGGUGCUUCACGUUCAUCAAGGUCAUGAUGAUCCUCUUCAACCUGGCCAUAUUUCUCGGUGGCGGGGCCCUCCUGGGCGUCGGCAUCUGGGUCACGGUGGACGGGCAGUCCUUCCUGAAGAUAUUCGGGACGCUUUCGUCUAGCGUCCUGCAGGUCGUGAACGUCAGCUACUUCCUCAUCGUCAUCGGUGCCAUCUUGGUGAUCAUCGGCUUCCUUGGGUGCUACGGCGCCCAGAAGGAGAGCAAAUGUCUCCUGAUGAUGUUCUUCUCUGUGGUGUUGAUCAUCUUCAUCGCUGAAGUCGCCGCUGCUGUGGUGGUUCUGGUCUACACGAGUCUUGCAGAGACGUUUCUGACAGCUGUGGUGACUCCCAUCCUGAAGGAGAACUACGGGGCUAAUGCUGAUUUCACACGCAUAUGGAAUGCCACCAUGUCGGAGGUCGGCUGCUGUGGCCUGAAUAACUAUACAGACUUUGAAAACUCCCCGUGGCAUAAGGAGCACAAAACCUACCCUCCGCCCUGCUGCGAUAACAAGUACCCAUGCAACGAAUCACUCGCGGAAAGAAGUCAUGUCCAGGGUUGUUUUGACCAGAUUUUGGAAGACAUCAAGACGAACGCAGAUGUGGUGGGCGGCGUGGCAGCCGGCAUCGCUGCCUUGGAGAUCGCGGCCAUGGCUGUCUCCAUGUACCUGUACUGCCACCUGGACCAGAAGUGACCCCCGGCAACAGCAGGAAGCCGUGCCCCCCCCCACCGUGUGCCGGGGUGCUCCUGACGGCCGCACCACUCUCUGGGCCUGAUGCCGUCCGGUGCACUGUGACCUUAGAGCUGUUUUGAUCUACUGAGCUGGGAUCUGUAGAAUUUAUAUGUAUAUUUUUGUACUGAUAUGGCGUAAUGCAUCUGUACAUAGAGAUAUUUUUUUUUUUUUGAGGCGGGGAGAGGGGGGAAGCCGCCUGGUCUGUUUUGCUGAUGCCAGCAGGAGAUAUGGCCCAGGCAAAGAUCAGGGCUGCUGAGCAGGCAGUGGCCCUGCCCUGACCAACCCUUGCGGUGCCUCCCCGGUGCUGCCACCUCCCUGUCCCCGGCCUUACUUUGCUGACCAGGGACUGGGCUGGGUCCCCGACCGGCGUGGUGGUGGCUGCACCCCCAAACUGGGGUCCCUGUGCUGG